AUUCUGUCAAACGUGAAUGUCCUCAGUCGUCAUCCGAUGCCAACCACAUACCGUACCAAUGCCUCGACCCAUCACCAUUUCUUUUUGAUCUCGUUAUUGGGCCCUCUCAUAUUUUUCUUUUUCAAUGUGACCCUACACUCUGACUCUGUAUUUUGAUGGUCGAUGAACGUACAACAUACUGAUCGCUUUCAGCGCGAGAGAUCUCGGUCCCCUCGCCGUCGAUCGAGGAGUCCUCGCCGCACUCGUCGUUCGUACUCUCCUCGAAGUCGAUCCCGGAGCCGGGACGAUUACCGCCGAGGCGACCGCCGAUCUCGUUCGCCCGUUGGUGGUCCCGCUGGUGCCCCAGGAAGCUAUCCAGCUUCUUCUCGUGUGCCACCGCCCCGAAACUUUGAGGAACGGUCCGUCGCAAAGGAACAAAUGAUGCAAUCCGUGCGAGAUUCGUCCCAGCAGGACCGUCGGGUCUAUGUGGGCAACCUUUCUUACGAUGUCAAGUGGCAUCACCUGAAGGAUUUUAUGAGGCAGGCUGGAGAGGUUCUCUUCGCCGAUGUCUUACUGCUUCCGAAUGGAAUGUCGAAGGGAUGCGGAAUUGUGGAAUACGCGACGAAGGAGCAGGCCCAAAAUGCGGUCAGCACGCUCAGCAACCAGAACCUCAUGGGCCGUCUGGUCUACGUCCGAGAACGUGAUCUUUCACAGGACCGUGAGGCAGAACCCCGAUUCACAGGACCUCCUGCUCGCGGAGGCUUCGAUGGAGGCCCCGGCCGCGGUGGCUUCGGCGGCGGAUUCGGUGGUGGCGGCGCCCCCAGUGCGGGUGGCGGCCGCCAGCUCUACGUCUCCAACCUUCCCUACACGGUAGGCUGGCAAGAUCUCAAGGAUCUUUUCCGUCAAGCUGCGCACAUGGGCUCUGUCGUACGCGCCGAUGUUCAUAUGGGCCCCGACGGUCGCCCCAAGGGUUCCGGUAUUGUCGCCUUUGAAUCUCCUGAGGAUGCUCGCAACGCUAUCCAGCAGUUCAAUGGAUAUGAAUGGCAGGGACGGGCUAUCGAGGUCCGCGAAGACCGAUUUGCCGGGCCCGGUCCCGGCUUUGGAGGUCGUGGCGGGUUUGGUGGCGGGUUUGGCGGUCGUGGCGGAUUCGGUGGCCGCGGCGGCUUCGCUGGUCGUGGAGGUUUUGGCGGCGGUUAUGGUGGCCGAGGCGGUAUGGGCGGUGGCUAUGGCGGCCCUCCCGCUGGCGGGUUCGAUGCCGCUCCCGUCGUCCCUCCUAACACCUUCACCGACUUUGCCACCUCGGGGGGCGAGCGAAGUGAGACUAUUCACGUGCGCAAUCUCCCGUGGUCCACCAGCAACGACGAUCUCAUAGAGCUCUUCACAACGAUUGGCAAAGUCGAACGUGCCGAGAUCCAGUAUGAGCCCAAUGGACGCUCGCGCGGAACUGGUGUCGUUCAAUUUGACUCACCGGACACGGCCGAGGUUGCCAUUUCCAAAUUCUCUGGUUACCACUACGGCGGUCGUCCUCUAGGGCUUAGCUUUGUCCGAUACACCAAUGCGGGCCCUGGCAGCGAUGCCAUGCAGGUGCAGCCCGAACCUCCUGCCGGUCUGACCCAGGAUCAGAUUAUGUAAAACGGCUCAAGUACUCUAUGUCUCGGUUUUAAACCUUUCAAUGGCCUUUUUCACGCGUUUUGUCUUAUCUUUUUUUUUCCUCUGCGUGAGCAAUAUUUGUCUUUCAAUUUACUAGAAUCGACUCGUCUGAUGCUGCAAACGCCCGUCCCCUUGUAGUCAGUCCUUGCUUCCAUAUUUGUUCUCUCUUGCUUCUUCGCUCAUGUACGGGUUGAAAGUAAAUGCCCUAAAUUCGAAGAAACCGUAGGGAAUGUCAUGGACGUAACGGGCAGGACACCUUCGGACAUGCAACGCCAUUGAUCGGUGGCGAGGGUUUCUGGCCGACUUCGGUAGCUGUUU